AGGUUGAUAUUCCUUCUGACCAUUCCUCUAGAUAGUUCAUGAACUAGCGUUAGCUGUUCGUUGCUGGAGGUGCCAGUUUAGAAAUUGUGUUGGUUGCCUUUAAAUCAGUUCUCUUGGCAGGAUAAAGCCCUAAGGACGACAGUUCAACUCACAUAUCAAAGAUAGCUAGAAAAUGAACUCAUUUGCAAGGCGAGCCUCCACAUUCUUGACUCAGCCAAGUCAAGGAGUGAACCCAGUUAGUAAGGAUGGUUUUCACCAGGUGCAGCAGCUGCGGGGAAUACGAGUGAAGGUGAGGAAUGGAAACCUAGAGCAGGCACUAGCUUUUAUGCAGAGAAAGAUGCAGUCAAGUGGGAUUGAACGGCUGAUAAAACGGGAGAGAACCCACCACAUUAAGAAUUCUGAGAAGAGGAUUUUAGCACGAAAGAUUUUGGAGCGUGAUAUCGAGUCCCAGAACCUCGCUCGCAAGCUGAAAACAAUCCUCAUCAACAAAGUCAGGUAUGUGCUCAUUCAAAUACAUAUUCCUUUUGACUUUGGCUUAGAAUUGAAGUUAAAUUACUCAUUUAGCAAUAGCUUUCAUAUUAUUUUUAUACGAGCCUAUCGAUCUGUAAGCAGUAGGGUUUUUUUUCACUGAUGGUAUACUGGAAAU